UGACGUGUGCCUGGCGCUCGGGACUAGUUCUCAGCGUAGAGACAUUCUUCUGCAGCUUCAAUAUUAACAGCGCGGUGCUUCCUUGGACCGAAACUGGACAAACAUGAUAGUACUAUCACCUGUCGUGGUUAAUAUUCUGGCGGUCAUACUCGGCGCGGUUGGGGUGAUGGUGUUGCGCGUGGUGACGGUGAUGUUCAGCAAGCGCCCCGCGCCCAAGAGGUCGAACCCGGCAAAGACCAUGAUCGUGCUGGGAUCAGGUGGCCACACGGCGGAGAUGCUGAUGCUGAUGGACUCGAUGGGCCGUGAGCACUACGGCCCGCGCACAUACGUGGUGGCGGCCACGGAUGCCAUGAGCGGCGCCAAGGCGUUGGCGCGCGAGCGGACCUGGCAGAAGACGGACUCGCCCACGGGCUUCAACGUGGUCCAGAUCCCCCGCAGCCGUGAGGUGGGUCAGUCCUACCUCACCUCGGUGGCAACCACCCUUUACUCGCUGGCGUUCGCCUUCCGCAUCGUGUUGAGAGAGCGGCCAGAGCUGGUACUAGUCAACGGGCCGGGGACGUGCAUCCCCAUCUGCGCGGCAGCACUUACGUACCGCGUGCUAGGGCUGGCUCCGACCCAGAUCGUGUACGUGGAGAGCAUUGCGCGCACGCGGCGCUUCUCACUGUCUGCCAAGCUGCUGUAUCACCUGCGCAUGGCAGACCUGCUAUUCGUGCAGUGGGAGCAGCUGGCCAAGACCUACCCGCGGGCCGUGUACGCGGGCAGGCUGUACUGAGGCGGCGCCGUGUGUCACAAGGAGUGGAGGGAGCAGGCGCGCGGCGGCGGGCGGCAUUUUGUAGGUGAUGUGAGGGCGGGGACGGAGGCGGGUGCAGCACUUUGCGUAGACUAUGGUAGAGGCGUGGGUAGAGGGGUGGCGGCAAGACAGAACGCAGGCUGCUGUCGACAGCAAGUGGGAUAGGCAGGUGGGGUGCGGAGAUGAUGACACGCACUUACUAUAAAAGCCCCGCCUUCUGGCGGUCUUAUCGCAUUGAGCAGUGUUAUGGCCCGGACGCUGCACCGCACGGCGCAGGGGCAGGCAAGGGGCACCGCACGGCGCAAGGGGCAGCAUGCAUGCACCCAGGACAAGACAGGUGUCGGGUUAGGAACUGGGUUGGGAACUGGGUCAGCUGCUCAUCAUCAUCAGGGCAGAAUCUGAGUGCGGUGUGGACAGCAGCAGGGCCACACGAUCGAGAAGCAAUGCUCGGCGGCGGGUACAGGACGUUGUCAGGGGUGCGUGCGCCAAUCAACCUGCGUGCCCCAUACUUCCCGCCAGAAAUAUGCUGCCUCGGCGUUUUGCUAUAAGACUACCGGCGGUAUGUAACAACUGGUAGAGUCCCUGGGCGGAGCCAGCAGCUAGCUUGCGCCUCCUGCAGCAGCCCUCCGCGGGCAAGCAACCUUGGGCUAGGCAAGUAAAGGGCGUGGGCGGGUCGGAACCUGCCUCCGUGGGUCUCAGGUAGGGGCGGGGUGAAACCGUUUCGUGGUCUCGGGCCUGCUGCUGUCCUCGACCUUCUGCCUUACUUGGCUUUGUAAGCAAGGACCCGG